UUGGAGGGUGAGGAGGAAAUUAAAUAGAAGAAGCACUUUAUCAAUUGAUCUUGUGGAGAGGGGGGUAAAUGCAUUCUGUGAAAGUGGGAGACUUGUGCCAGUGAUAAAAGUAAUGAAAUUGGACUAAAAGUGGAAAGAAAUUAAAUUGAUCAAACAUUUUUGUAUACGUUUUGAAUGAGGUAGUGUGGAGUAAGUCGUCUACUGUGUGUGUGUAUACCAGAGCGCCCUUGUGUGGUACCAGUUUGUGAUUACUUUUCAGCCUUUCUAAGGAAGCAGGCUGUACAACAAGACUUAUCCCUUGGCGCAUGAGAAUCUCGAGGAAGUGUGAGAGGGAAGGAACUGUAAUACAGUACAACAAAGCUAUGGACAGUGACUUGAGAAGGUCCCAUUCAGGGUGCACUUGUUUGCUCUAUUUCAUCAUAACGUAUUGAUCCAAUUCAUGAUGGAGUGGCUUGGAUUUUCCUGUUUGCUGCUCGGUGUGUUACUGUGGCCGAGCAGCACACAAAACGUUGUACCUGGCACAGCUCUGAACUGUUGUGAGGGGGAUAUCCUGCUCCUGUUGGAUUCUUCAGGAAGUGUGUCAUCCUACGAGUUCUCUCGCCUGCUGCACUUCCUGUCCGAGCUACUCCUCCCCUUCUCUCUGGGGCGGGGUCAGGUGAGGGCGGGGCUGCUGCAGGUGGGCACUGAGCCACACCUGGAGUUUGGUCUGGACGCCCACAGCACCCAGCCUGGCUUGCAAGGGGCACUGCAUAGGACCAGGCAACUCCAGGGGGACACCAACACAGAGGCUGCCCUCAGACAGGCCCAGGGGCUGCUAGCCAGAGCUGGGGCUGGGGAUGAGUUGGAGCUCCCCAAAGUGCUGGUGUGGCUAACGGAUGGGGUACACCCGGGCAUGGUGGAUGGACCAAUGGCAGAGCUGAGAAGGGCGGGUGUGUUUCUGUUGGCUGUCUCUACGGGACACGGGAACUACCAGGUACUGCAGAGGGUGGUGACCCCGCCCAUCGAGUCCCACCUGUACUUUGUGGACAUCGAUGACAUCAGUAUCAUCACAGAGGACCUGAGGGAGGCCAUCAUUGAGCUGAUCCACGUUGAGCGCCUGAGGGUGGUACAGGUGUCCUCCCACAGUGCCAUGCUGCAGUGGCGUCCUGUACUCGGAUCCAACACAGAUUUCUACAGCUUUUUACACUACAGCUCUGUUCUGCCAGGUGGUGGUCAGCCUAACGGCGGGGCCAGCAGUGGGGGGCAGUACCACAGACGGACCCUCCCCGGGGACGCCAGCUGGGUGGAGCUGAGUGGCCUGCAGCCAGACACCAUCUACACUGCCUCCCUCACCCCCAACUCCCAGUCCAACCAUGAUUAUCUCAACACUCUCAGUGUCACCUUCACUACACAACCCGAGGUGUUGAGCCCAGCGGUGGUCACAGUGGCAGACUCAGGUCCUGACAGGGUGCGAGUGAGCUGGGGUCCUCUGCAAACUGAACAUGUCCAGCGGUACCAGAUAGAGUAUGGAGCUCUACCCAGUGGGCAGGUCCACACGGUUAGGCUACACGGACAUCAGAACUCCACUCUGCUCACUGGUCUAGAGCCAGACACACAGUACCUAGUUACUGUCAGCGCCCUGUACUCCACAGGCAAAGAGAAGGCCAUGUCUGUCAAGGCCUGCACUCAGGAGGUGCUGCCAGCCCUGGCUGACCUCCAGCUGACCCCAGUGGGGCGUGAUGCGGUGCAGGUCCGGUGGUGGGGCCACGAUGAGGGGCUGAGGGGGUACUGGCUCAACUGGGAGAGGGGUGAGACCCAGAGCCCCUCCCGCCCUGCAUUCUCCUGCCUAUACCUGCCCCCUGACUCCCUGUCCACACUGCUCACACACCUGGCCCCCAGCAGCCGAGUGUGUGUGUCCCCUGUCUACCGCAUGGCCCGGGGAUUGGGGCUCUGCUGCACCGCACGCACACAAACAGGUCUGAUACUGCGCGCACACAUACCAGAGUUGGGCUCAAUUCAGAAUUUUGGAAUUGGUUCCCAUUCAACUCAUGAGUUACAUUUAAAUUAAAUUGGCCACACUCCACAGGAUGUAGACAUUGCAGUUGAGUGACAGGAAGUAGAAUUUAAUUCAGUGCUAUUCAAAUUCAGUGCUAUUCAAAGACAUUCCAAUGUCAUAGAACAUGAGAGUGUCAUUAAAACCAGAGAGAGUGCAAAUCUGUCAUCAAGGCAAAGGGUGGCUACUUUGAAAAAUCUCAAAUGUAACAUUUUGAUUUGUUUAACACUUUUCUGGUUACUACAUGAUUCCA